AUUCAGAUGAAUAGGGGUCAGCGGGUUGGGUGUUGGCCCUGACCUGAAUAUCCUGGUUUGGUGGGCUCUGUGGCAUGCCCAUUAGAGAGUUUGUUAUCUCUACAUGCCUUACCAAAAAUUGUCUUAGGGAGCACCAGGGCCCCCCCAAAUCUCACUUUCCUAGGGGUAUAUAAAGAAGCUGUUUGCAUUACAGCAGCAGUACGCCGCUGACAGACGCUAACAUUCAGCAAACCUCAACACGGCAAUAAGCAAUAAAGAUGCCAACCAAUGCUCCCAAUAUGAGGAUCAUGCCGGCAACCGGCAGACCUGAAAAUAUCCCCGACUACGAGCCCAACAUCCCGGAGCCUAAAUGCAGAGCUGAUCUCCUGAAACACUGGAUCAACCUUUCCCUGGAUGACAAGACAGCCAAUAAGAUGCUAUGGAUCACAGAGGAUGGAUCCAAGGUGUCACGCAUGACUGAUGAUGUCACUUGUCCCGUCCUGGACAGACCAGAGAGAUAUGAGCAUAUACCCCAGGUUCUUUGCAAAGAAGGCAUCUUGGGCUUCCGAGCUUACUGGGAGGUGAAAUAUUCAGGAUGGGUGGUCGCCGGAGUCGCCUAUGAAGGGGCAGGGAGGAGGGGAAGCGACGGACAAUGCGGGCUGGGAGAGAAUGAACACUCCUGGGGUCUUGGGUGGGGUGGAUCCCAAUACCAGGUGUGGUUCAAUGGCAUAAACACAGAAAUCAGGGAUAUCCCCCAGUGCUUCACCAUUGGGAUAUACCUUGACCAUCCAGCUAGUGUCAUCAAUUUUUAUGCUGUUGAAGAAGUGAAGGAGGGAGAGGGGAGCGAAGCCAGAAAGGAGAUCAGACUGCUACAGCAGAUCAAGAGCUCUUUCAAGGAGAGGAUGUUGCCAGGUUUCUGGGUGGGACAAAAUUCAUCAUGUUUUUUAGUUAAACCAGAGCAGUGAAGUGUGUUUUCCAUUUCUAUUUUCUUAUGUUUCCAUUAAAAACUUAAUAUAUAAAACUAAAAAUAUGUCCAUCUGCAAUGCAUAUUAUGGAGUAAUGAAAGACAGACUGUUCGAAAUCAAAAUCUUUGUAUAUAGAAACACGUUUAUCAAAAAGCUGCUAUUUGUUUAAGUGCUUGUGUAUCAUUAACAUGUUCAUUUUGACAAAAAUUUAUGUUGAGUGUUUAGUGGUGUAGCAUUAUGCGUUGUGCCAUGGGUCGAUUCUGCACUUUUUAAACCA